GGGUGCCCAGCCGUUACAGACAUGAACGAGACAGAUAGCCAGCGCUGGCUUGGCUCGAUCCCCUCUCUCGCACGCCGCACGCCGCCGCCGGGGCCGUACGUCACUCCUGCCGCCGCGAGACUCCUCCGCGCCCCCCAGUCGCAAGCGACCCUGUCCCGCUCUCUCCUCCGACUCCGGUAGCGGACGCGCCUCCACUGCUAGGCCGGCCGCCUCCCGUCGCGACUCGCGAGCGACCCUGACCUGCCCUCUGCCGGGUGUCCGAGGCGGCGGAGGCCUGCGAGCUCCGGCAGGCACCUCUGCGCCGAGCGCCUCCUGCACCCCGCCUCGAGGGCGCCGUCCACAUCGUUGUUAAACUACGUACGCCCUCAGUUCUUCACAGCGCUCUUGUUUAUAGUUGUUUUGUUUUGCUAGCAUGGCUGUCUGCCUGUCUCAGCUUCUGUGUAUGUUAGUGUCACCUGAUGCAAUCAAAUAUUCGAAACAGUUUGGAACAUGAGAAUUAACCUGCAACACUUUAGACAUUCACUUUUGAGUUUUGACACGAAUGACGGAUUUGAUAAAUCCGGCUACCGGAGGUUGGGACGAUCAGCUACUCCACGGCUGCUUCCUAUACUUUGAUAUGAAUCAGAUCUUGGCUCUAACUAAUGACUAUGGUGGCUGAAGUUGCGGCUGUAAUCGCUAUGGCAACUGCAAAGCUUGGAAGAACGGCGAAACCUGGCGGCGAGCUGGGUCGGUUGGGUUGCGGAUUGCGAGCGCCGCGGUGGCGGAGCAGGCAGAUGCCUAACCUGACCUGUAAGGAGGGAGCUCCAAAUCGUAUCUCAUCACCGCUUUUAGUAAAGAAAGUCUAGUUUAUUUUAAAGGCUAAAAUCUAAUUGUAGUGUUCCUCCCUGCUUUUGGUGACUAAAUUACCCUACAUCAUUUGGCUGCACACGUAUAUGCUGCUGCUUCAAGCACUUUGCAAAGACAAGUUUUCCAAAGCUCCUCUUAUAGCCGUCGUCUUGGUCCUACACACAACUAUGGACAAUAUGAAAAUUUUAAGCUUUUGUUAGUUAAAUGUAAUUGCGACCAAUAAAGCCUUGGCGGGGAGGGAAGUGGAAUGGCAGGUGGCUAAAGUAAAUGCCUUACUUGAUCUGCAAGGAGAUCCAAAUCUUAUCUUCUCACUGCUUUUAGUAAAUUAAGCAUGGAGUGCUCUCACUGGGAUUGUAAUUAGACAUCAAGUAAGUGUAGUUUAUUUUUUAGUGCGCGUUACCUGACCCGCAAGGAGUGGGAGGAUCGAAUUGAAGCUCCGUGAUUAUAGGUUGACGGCCAGUGUAUAUAUAGGUGCCAUAGAUAGCUGCCCUCCGGAUUACUAUCAAUUCCCAAGUCCCAACUACUCCAAUCCUUGGCGAGGUGAAUCAGAGCGCGGAUGGAGGUGGCUGUCGGCGUGGCGAGCUCGCUCCUUGGCAAGGUGUUCACGAAGUUAUCUGAUGACCUGGUGGCCGCGUAUGUCGACAGCCUCGAGCUCGGCCACAACUCCCAGCAGAUCAAAACAAAACUGUUGCACACACAAGGGCUGCUGCAAGUGGCCGAGGGGAGGGACGUGAGCAAUGUCACCGCCCUGCAGGCCUUGUUGGAGGAGCUGAGCAAGAAGGCCGACGAGGCGGAGGACUCGCUGGAUGAGCUCCACUACUUCAAGAUCCAGGACCAGCUUGACGGCACCAACUAUGCGGCACCGGAUCUCGGCGAUAGCCUCCGCGGCCAUGCUCGCCAUGGUGGCCAUGCUGCUCGCCACACCAUCGGUAACUGGUUCCCAUGCUUUUCUUGCUCGCGUGCGCAAGAUGAUGAUUCUGCUCCUACUGCUGUUGCCAAUAGCCCACACCACUAUGCAACCAACUCUGCUACUGCUAGUGCUGAUGAUGAUGGCGAUGUCGAUAAGUUACAUUUCGACAGAGUCACCAUGUCCAGAAAAAUUAAGUCAGUGAUAAAUGACAUACACUCUUUGUGUGAUCCCGUCUCUGAUUUGCUCAACAAAGUUCCAAGCAGCAGCACAGCCGUCACCCUAAAACGGCCUCACAUAGGGUCCACAAUUAUACAAGAUACACUGCACGGGAGGAGAGACAUUUUUGAGAAAAUUGUCAAUGAUAUCACAAGUGGCACACAUCACGGUCAAACUGUUUCUGUUCUUCCUAUAGUUGGCCCGGGGGGUAUUGGAAAGACAACUUUCACCCAACACCUGUAUAAUGAUGGUAGGACUGAAGAGCACUUUGCUGUUAUGGUUUGGGUGUGUGUAUCAACUGAUUUUGAUGUGUUGAAACUCACCCAACAGAUUCUUAACUGCAUACCUGCAACUGAAAAUGAAAUUGCAAUUGAAACAACCAAUCUAGACAGACUUCAAAAAUCCAUUGCGCAGAGACUGAAGACCAAAAGGUUCUUAAUUGUCUUGGAUGAUAUAUGGAAAUGCGAUAGUGAGGAUGAGUGGAAAACCUUGCUAGCUCCAUUCACAAAAGGGGACGCCAAAGGCAGCAUGAUACUUGUCACAACUCGAUUCCCAAAACUAGCAAGAAUGAUGAAAACAGUUGAUUCAGUAGAACUGCAAGGCUUGGAGUCUAAUGACUUCUUCACAUUCUUUGAAGCAUGUAUAUUUGGUGAACAUAAGCCCAGGGAUUAUGAAGAUGACUUAGCUUGUAUUGCAAGAGAAAUUGCAAGCAAGUUAAAGGGCUUCCCACUAGCAGCCAAAACAGUUGGUCGACUAUUGAAGAAAAAUCUUUCCCGGGAACAUUGGAAUGGAGUUCUUCACAAUCAUGAGUGGCGAAACCAGAAAAAUGAUAAUGAUAUUAUACCAUCUUUGAAAAUUAGCUACGACUACCUCCCUUUCGAUCUGAAAAAAUGCUUCUCAUAUUUUUCCCUUUAUCCUGAAGAUUGUAGGUUUAGCACUUCAGGAAUUAAUCGUUUUUGGAUUGCAAUAGGCAUCAUAGACUCUAGCCACCGAAGCGAUAAGAAUUACAUGGAAGAUCUAAUGGAAAAUGGUUUUCUCAUGAAGGAGGUUUCUAAAUAUCCUCCUUUUGAUGAAUACUAUGUAAUGCAUGAUUUAAUGCAUGAGCUAUCUCGGAUUGUCUCUGCACAAGAAUGCCUCAAUAUAAGUGAUCUAGAUUUUAGAGCUGAGGCCAUCCCACAAUCUAUUCGGCACCUAUCCAUCACCAUAGAGAAUAGAUAUGAUGAAAAAUUUAGGGAAGAAAUGGGUAAACUAAAAGGAAGGAUAGACAUUGUAAAUCUACGGACAUUGAUGAUUUUUAGAGAAUAUGAAGAAAGAAUCGUUGAGAUCUUAAAAGAUACGUUUAAAGAAACAAAAGGCCUGCGCAUCCUAGUUAUAGCAGUGAAGUCCCUUGAAUCUCUGCCACGAAGCUUUUCAAAACUUAUCCACCUUCAGUACCUGCAAAUUCGAUCACCCAAUGUCACAGAAAUGACUUUACCUAGCACACUAUCCAGAUUUUAUCACUUGAAAUCCUUGGACCUAAGUCGGUGGUGUGGUAGUUCUAAUUUGCCUAAAGACAUUAGCCGCCUUGUGAAUUUACGCGAUUUCCUCGCUAAGAAAGAACUCCACUCCAAUGUUCCUGAGGUUGGAAAGAUAAAGUAUCUGCAUGAGCUAAAAGAAUUCCAUGUUAAGAAAGAUAUUGAUGGAUUUGAUUUAAGAGAGUUGGGGGAAUUGAGAGAGCUUGGGGGAACACUCAGUAUACAUAAUCUUGAAAAUGUGGCAACCAAGGAAGAAGCUAGUGAUGCCAAAUUGAUGUUGAAAAGGGAUUUGAAAGAGUUGACAUUAGUAUGGGGCAGAGAGCAACCGACUGAUGUACAUGCUGAUAUUCUUGAUGCUCUUCAACCACACUCUAACCUUACAGCACUUGGCAUUAUAAAUCAUGGUGGCACCACUUGUCCUGGUUGGCUGUGUCCUGUGAUAAGGGUAAACAAUUUAGAGACUCUCCAUUUACACGGCGUGUCUUGGGGAACUCUUCCACCUUUUGGGCAGCUACCAUAUCUCAGGGAACUCAGCUUGAAGAGCAUUACUGGGCUGCGUCAGUUUGGUCCUGACUAUGGUGGUGUUACAGGCAAAUGUCUUUUGCAGUUGAAGAAAGUUGUGUUUCAUGACUUGUCAGAGCUUGUCCAGUGGGUUGUGGAACCUAAUUGCCAUAUGUUUACAGGUCUUGAAACCAUCGACUGCAGAAAUUGUCCGAAUCUAUGUGUGGUGCCCUUCUCGGAGUACUCUUGUACCACUUUGUCCAGGCUUUGCAUUGAUAGUUGCCCCAAAUUGUGUCUGCCCCCCAUGCCUCACACCUCCACACUAACAUAUUUUGCUGUUGAAGAAAGUUUGUAUUGCAACGGAAAAAAAUUGGAGGUUUGUGAGUAUGCCGGUGCUUUGGCCUUCCACAAUCUGGGUGAAGUAGAGGAUAUGAGUAUUGGAGAUGUAUCACACAUUUCAUGGACAGACCUCGAAAAGCUUAAAUCCUUGAAAGAACUAGCUGUCGGAAGAUGCGACAGCAUGUUCUGCGGAGAACUGGAUGGCAGUGUUAUCUUCCACAACAUGGACAAAGUUGAGAGUCUCAGAGUAGAUGUAUCUCAUCUUACCGGAAAAUUGCUGUCAAAAGUGUUCAAUAGUUGCCCAACUCUUGUUGAACUUGAUAUAAGAUCUUUAUAUGGAGACGAUGAGGCACGAGCAAUACAUUUCCCAUCAUCCAGAUCACUGCGGAAACUUAACUUCUUGAUGACGAAGGGCCUGGUUCUUCUGCCUGCAGAGGAUGGAGGAGGUAUCCAUGACAUCGCGUCGCUUCAAUCAUUAAACAUACUGCAUUGCAACAAGUUGUUCUCUCGGUGGCCCAUGGGAGGAGCUCCGAUGGCCAACCCUUUCCCUGCUUCCCUCAGGGAACUUUAUAUUACGGGAGAGUCAAGCAUGCGGUCAAUGGCUCUGCUCUCAAACCUCACGUCUCUCACCCAUCUAAGUCUAGUGGACUGUGAAAAUUUAACAGUGGAUGGGUUCAAUCCUCUCAUCACAGUCAACCUCAAGGAAUUUGAGGUCUGGAACGACAGAGGCAACUCUAUAGCAGUGGAUCUGCUCUCAGAGGUGGCAAGGAGCAAAUCAAUGCAUGCGGGUUCCUUCCAAUUGGAGAGACUGAGCGUGGAUAGCAUCUUGGCAGCACUUGUUGCUCCCAUUUGUAGCGACCUCUCUGCCACCCUCCACAAAUUGCAAUUCCAUGGUGAUGAGCAGGCAAACGGCUUCACGGAAGAGCAAGAGAAUGCGCUUCAUCUCCUCACCUCCCUCCAGAAACUAGAAUUUACCAGUUGCAAGGUUCUGCAGUCCCUCCCUCAAGGAUUACAUCGCCUUUCUUCUCUCAAGGAAUUAAAAGUCCACCGUUGUCCUGAACUCCGAUGGCUGCCAGAGGAGGGCUUCCCCACUUCGCUUCAAGUUCUAACUCUAUGGGGUGGCAGUGCCGAGCAAAAAGAGCAAGCUGAGAAACUGAAAGAAGUAUAUCCAACUUUACGAGUAGAUUAUCAUUAGCCCAAGGCUGGCUCCACUGUUGCAACAUGCACAUAGCUUCCGAUAUUUGACAGGCCGCCAGGCACCAUUGAUCUGCAAUCUGCCAGUGUGGUAGCUUUUGUUCUGCUUUCAUCUGCUAGCUGCAUGGUAUAUAUGAAGACUAAGGCGACACCUGAUAAACCUAUAGAUGAAUGUCUAUUUUAACAGAAUCUCACAGAAGCAACUUGCACGCCUGAAUCUGCAAUCUAGUUGUUCAUGUAUUGAAAUUUUAAGGCAAUGCAUUCUGCAAUCUUCUUUCUGCUUCUUUCUGGACAGGAAGCAGACAUCAGAUAUCAGAUUCUGCAAAUUUGCCUCCAGUUCUGCUUUUAUGGAAUUAUUAAUCCUGUGCGUGCUUGCCAAUUUCGGUAGAAAAGUAAGUAUCAAGUAGCAGCUAUCUUCUCAUAACCCUUCUACCACUUCUUGCAUAUGGAGGCACCUAUCUUUUGCUGUUAGGUUACCAUCAACAAAAUGAAGAAAACCCACAAUUUUCCUUUUUGAAGUAAAUGGCAACGUGAAGUGAAGGUGUUUAAGAGGAUCUGGUCUUAUUUCUCCGGGCCCUGUGAAGGAUCAACUAUCUGAGCAUUCCGAAGCUUAGAGUGGCAUCAUGUUCAAUGUGCAGGCUGCUGGUAGUUUGCCACAAUAAUUUGCAACAGUCGCUGAUAAAUUUUAAGAUGCUCCUAAGCUAUUCUGGACUGUUCAUUCCUUUUGAUCCAACAGUUUAGAUUGAACAUGGUAUCUACUAUCUCCUAGGAGGUAAUAAGACACCCAUAACUCUUAAAUAGGUACCAUUGCCUUUUAUAUUCGAGUAUCAGUUGACAAAAUGAAAGCAUAUUGCCAUUUAUUCCUGCCAUAUUGGCAGUGUGUGAAGGAAGGAACUUAAAGAAUAUCAUAGCAUGAUAAUAAUCGAGCAAUAUCUUCGAUCGGAUUAGAAAAAAGAAUCAUUUCUGGUUAUAUCUUGUAAAUGAGUGUAACAUGACAACAAAUAUGAUAUGUCAACCUUUUUUUGACCGUGUGAAGAGAAAUUCUAGUGACAUGCAUGAUUAUUCCGGUAACGUGACAACAUUUGCUAUACAUUUUGCUUGUACUGUGGCAACAAUUUUUUAAUAUGGACAGAUUGCACUUGUAAUUUGGAAAUUUAUCAGAUCAUCAGAUCAAACACAAUAAAUCUUGGAACGUUUAUAUGUGACUGAAAUAUAAUAAAUUUUCAGGGGACUGUCAAUUAAUUAGCAACACCGAUUAAAUAAUGACCAUGACACGAGCCCAUCAUGUUUUUUAAACUUUGCCUGCAAUGAGUUAAAGUUAUCUUAGUACAUCUUCAUGUUUUGUAGCGUAUACAAAAUUAGCACUCCACGUUUAUGUGCAAGUGGGACUUUCCUUUCGAAUGGGGACAUGGUAAUCAGGAUUAAGGAACAUUAAUUACACUUCCCUGUAGACUAUGCAUUUGGUUGUGACAAGGACAUAGAUCCAUUGUUUAUAACAAUGAUAUUUCCAAGCAUUGCUUAUGUGUUUAAGUGGUAGAGAUUUUAAAGUUUUAAGCUGUCACACAAGACAAAUACUGUGAUAAAAUCAUGUACGUAAUUUUGUUAACAUAUUAGGCCAUACUAACAAAUUUAAUGGUUUCUGCUGGUGUGCAAUAUGAUAAUUAUUAGUAACCUUCGUGUUACACAAAAAAUGCAGGUUCUGUGUUUGCUUUCUUGGAGCAUUGGACAAUUCGCUUGUGCUGUCAUUAGCCAAGUCUUCCUAGUUCCUAGUAAUUGGAUAGCAUGUGUUUUAAGAGAUUAACAAUUUGGGUGGAUGAGCAUCACCGAAACUAUAGUGAAGCUUCACUGCCUUGCCUCCAUUUCAUUCUCUGAUAGGUCAUCCUCUGUCUUGUUACUUUAUAUGGUCAAGGUAGCAGACCUCCCUUAUUGUUGGUUUAAUGCAACGAUGUUUGUUUAGCCUUUUCUGAACCGCUUAAUGCUGAAACACACGAGUAAUUUUAACAUGCUCCCUCUUACCCCCUCUUUUCACAUGGGAGGUAAGAAGGUAAGAGUUAAACAGACCACUACUUAAGCAAAUCAAUGGCUCAGAUCUAUUAUGUACUCUUACCCUCUCAUGUGAAAGGGGGGGGGGGGGUAACCAUGCUAAAAUUUGUCAAAACACAUUUCAUGCGGUAUCAGUGUAGGGUGAUUCUUUGUUCAUGGAUGUGUGCUACCAUCAGGUUUAUGUUCCGGCAAGUACGGAUCCUGUGGUAACCAACUGCUAUCUGGUAGGGAUUGCAUAUAAUUCACUGGCAUCCCUUGCCUUGUUUUAGAACAAUUACAACCAACAGUGAAUCUGGCCGUUGGCAUUCAGGACAUAGCUCUUCUCUCCAAAUAAUAACAGUAAAGGAAACAUUUGUCCCGACAUUUUGAGUGAGCCGAGCCGGGGAGUCCCGCAGUGACCAUUUAAAAGGUCCUAGGUUCAAAUCAGCCUCUUUGCACAAAAAAAAAGUAAGGGAAAGGCUGUCCAGAAACUCCCUUCCUCAGAGUCCACACUGUGUGUGAGCUUUCAGCAUUUGGGUACGCCCUUACUAAAGCUCAAAAUUGACAAUGUGUCAGAGUGUCAGAAGUGGUAAGCUCAAAAUUGACAAUGUGUGAGAGUGUCAGAAGUGGCGUUCCUCUCAAUUUGCUCGCUCCCAGUUGACGAGCCCAUACCCUGAGCGUGUUUUCAAGUUCAGCUUCCAGGCGAAGGUGUGGCACCAGGAUGAGAUCAGAUGGAGAUGGACCGCCAACGGUUGCUACUCUGCUUCGAGCGCCCAGCGCAUUCAGUUUGUUGGCAGAACUAAGCCAGAGCCGAUCUGGCAUGUUAUGCAAGUACCAUCCACGGAACAAGUUACUGCAAAGACUCCACAAGUUUGCUCCAUCCACGGCUUGGUUCUCACGAUUGAUCAUUUAGUUUUUUAAGUUGUUCUCACGCCUGACUAAUAUGUGUGCCUCUAGUGUAAGUAUUUCCACGAGUGCCCUGUGAAGCCGAAUGAGAAGUCUGAGUUUGAGUUUGUAUGCAGUUGGUUGGAUUGCGUGUGCUGUUUUGUGUUGUGUUUUGUUGCGAGCACUAGAUCCCGUUUAGUGUUAGCUGUUAUGUGUGGAUCCAAGGGUUUGUCCUGUAAACCUCCAUAUAGGAUUCUUUUGGUUCCAUUUUGUGGUUCUAUCAAGGUCCACAAGUAUCAUGAUA